GGAGGAUGAGCCCACCAGCGUGUCUCAGUACUUCUUAUGUGACAUUUUCACCGACGUGGAGGAGGGAUGAAAGCCAUAGAGAGGGCUGAGUGAGAGGAGAGGACGGACCUGCAGGCUUGCCUUUUUUAAAAUGUCCAUUCAGUCAGCUGUGAGAUUAGUCGGUGCGCUCACCGUACAGCUGAACGCACAGAGACCGAAAAAGACCUCCAAGAAGAAGGAACAUGACUGAAAACACCCAGGAAGGAGAGGUGCUGAAGCAGAUCGAGAGGGAGGUGCGAAUGCGGGAGGGGGCCAGUAAGCUUCUGGCAGCCUGCUCCAGGAGAGAGCAGGCCCUGGAGGCCUCCAAGAGCCUGCUGACCUGCAGCGCCCGCAUCCUGGCCUUGCUCAGCCAGCUACAGAGGAUGAGGAAAGCACAAAUCCUGGGGAGAGUGGGACAAAGGUCAUCUGGAGAUAUCGCGCCGUGUCUGGGAAAAGUAGCCCUCUCAGACCUGCGAAUCCCGCUGAUGUGGAAAGACUCAGAGUACUUCAAAAACAAAGGCGAGCUGCAUCGGUGCGCCGUGUUCUGCCUGCUCCAGUGUGGCACAGAGAUCCACGACACUGAUCUGGUGAUGGUGGACCGGACUUUAACUGACGUGUGUUUUGAAGACACCGUCAUAUUCAACGACGUGGGUCCAGAGUUCCAGCUCCGUGUGGAGCUGUACAGCAGCUGUGCGGUGGACAGCUCCUCACAGGGGGCUCUAGGACCCAGGAGAGGGAGCCUGCUGGGGGGCUCUCUGGGAUGCUCCUCUGGGAGUAAGAUCCGUGCUGCGUUUGAGUCUGCAACUGUUUGUGGAUCCAGUGGAGGAGAUGAGGGACCUGGAGGUGUGUCGCCGCCUUCAUCCCCUCGUCGGUCUUCGCUGGGGCCCAAGUUCAACCUGCUGGCUCACACGACACUGAGAAUCGAACACGUCCAGGAAGCUUUCAAGACGCAUGAUUUGACGCUGGCAGCGACAGAGGACAGCCCCUUCUGGCUGCCUCUGUAUGGCAACAUGUGCUGCCGCCUGGUUGCCCAGCCUCUGUGCAUGGUACUGCCUGUCAUGAGUGGCCAACUCAAGGUUAAGCUUGGAGAGGACCUUGAUCGCUGGCAAAAUGUCCACUGUGUCCUCAGAGGGCAAAGUCUCCUCUGCUACCAGAGUGAAGAGGACCUGGAGUCUGAGGACGAGCCAUUACUUGUAAUCCACAUCAGAAAGGAUACCCUCGUCUGUGUGUCAGAGAGAGAUCCAGUCCAGUGCCGGAGUAUAUACAUCAGCACACAGCGCCAAGGAGAGGAUGUAACCUACACACUAACCACGCACACACCCGAAGACACGUCGCGCUGGACCGAGGCCCUCUGGCAGCACGUCUACAACAUGAGCCAGUGGAAGCAGUGUUGUGAUGGCCUCAUGAAGAUUGACACGCUGAACUCCCGGAAAGCCAUUACAGUGAAGCAGGGAUCGCUUUACCAUGAAAUAGUAACACCAUCCUCACCCGGAGAAGGUCUCGCCGUUCCGGAUUUAUCCAGUGAAAUCCGCACUUUGCUCUCUUCCUACUACAAGGAAAGAUAUUGAUGACCCUGCCCACAGCUGCACCGGCGGCGUAAGGACCUGCUCUUAUUCUAUCCAUUUGUGGUUGCUACACCUGCUGAAGACAACGAACAAGGACAUGAUAAAUGCUGCUAUUUGGAUAUUCUACAGAGGACACAUCCUUCCACACAAUCUUCUACCUCUCCUCCCUGAAUCUUAAAUGUUUGUCCAACCAGAAGUAUAAACAGUACUGAAGAAUGAACAGUGUAAGCCUGAAGUCCCAACUCAUCACCGGCUAUUAUGCCACUAAACUGUUGAUCAUUUGAAUUUCGGUGUAAUAAAAAAUCUACAAAAAAAACCAAAAGGAAAUAAAACGAUCUUCAUUUACAACACACAAGUGCGGCAUUCCAUGUUUUUGGAUGCUUUUAAAGGAUUGUUCACGUAAAUAAACAAAUGUAACAUGCUUAAA